AUGGAGCUGAGGGAACCAGAAAGUAAUCAUUUCGACUCGAAUAUAAAAAUACCGAUGGAUUAUGAUAAUAUCUCCAGUAACAUUGAUAAACAUAAUCUCACAAACAACUAUCUAUCACAUCACGAACCUGUAUUAGAUUUAUCACUGACACCAAACUCAAAUGAACACUUUCUGCGAUAUUGUAUUCCAAAUCCAAAUUUGUCAUACGGAGUAUCUAACUAUGCUACAAUGUGCCCGAACAUUUCGGAUACUCAUAAAAUGAACCACUGGUUAGUAGAACAAACCUCUAUACCUACAUCAUCUAAUUAUUCAAGUCAUUGUGUGGGGAGCAGUUCAAUAAAAAAUUCUGGAAAUUAUAUUCCAAAUAUACCAACUCCUGAACAGUUGUUAACCAGAAAUCAAGAAAGUCUUUAUAAUUUACAUGGUCAGAUUAAUUUCCUAAAUUUAUUUCGUCAAACUUGGCAUUUCUACCAACAGUGUCUAGCAGAGUCAAACUACCCAGUUCAGUCAACUUACCUGCCUACAGAUGAUUAUCAGUACUUUGUAAAUAACAGUCUAUCAACACUUGCUUUGAGUCAACUUUCCAAUGCAUCAUUGUCAAGUCAAAAUGAUGUCGACCUUCAGGAUAGGAAUAAAAUCUCGCCCAGUUUCUUUUUAGAAACGGAGACAAAUUCAGUUCUCAAUCCUAUAAACAACCAGAGGAAUGGUAUGUUAACUGAAAACCAUUCGAAUAAGAACAUAAGCAAUGAUAAGACUACUAAAACCAGUCGCAGUGAUUCUAUAUCCCCAGUGGAUAAACCUCGACAUUAUCGUAAGGCAAGAGCUUAUUUUCACCCCAAACAAAUGAGUUGUCUGGAAUCCUUUUUUCAAAAGAAUCCCUAUUUAUCUACACGAGAUCGGGAGUAUUUAUCAAAGAAGUUAAAUCUUUCUGAAGAUAGGAUUAGAACAUGGUUUCAGAAUAGACGUAUGCGAGAAAAGCGUAAACCUGGAGUACAUUGUGAUUCGGAUAAUUCUUCACUUAAUUCUUGUACAAAAGUAGACUAUUCAUAG